CACUGAAUAUUUCGACUGUAUCUGUUCUAAAUUUGAAUCUGCGGGAUAUUAUGAGGACUGCCGCUUGCACUUUAUUACUGUUUGCAUUUGGUGUCGCUAAUGCUACAGAAGACCAAGUCACUGAUGAUACUGUCUGCUCCAAGUAUUCUUUCCGCAAAGAAAUAAUUGACUGGAAAACAGCCAGGGAAAGAUGUGGCAAUCAAGAGAAUGGUUCACUUGUCUCUAUGGAAACCGAAAAAGAAUGGCACUUUGUCAGGAACUUAACCGGAGAACUCAAACGAGGAAAGACACGUUGGUUCAUUGGCUUAGAAACAGUUGAUGGAUCUAAUACGUGGAGCUGGUUGAGUAAAAGCAAAGCCUACGUCAACAAUGGCUCAACUGGAACAUGGCGUUGGAGUGAAAACGAACCAAAUCAUUUGAAAAAAGAAAAAUGCGGAGAGAUGUUACAAAACGGAAAGUAUAACAACAUAGCGUGCCAAAAAGAAUCCUAUGAUGACAGUCCAGGAUAUAUAUGUGAAAAGCAAGUCAUUUGUCCCACCAUAUCCAACAAUUCAGAAAAUGGUGAUAUUUUUAUUGAGAGAACGAAAAGACCUCGAUCAACCCCACAGCCGUCGGUGACAAAGGCGACGUCCACCUCACUCAGAACUCAGUUGACGAAUACUCGCAAUAAGCUUUCAGAAGGGUCGUCUCGGAGGCCACAAACACCGAAAACUACUCGUUUUAAGGAAUCAUCAACAAAGGCGGCAAAACUACACACCCAACCAACGACUGGAACAUUUUCAACACCGCAAGACCGAUCCACAUUCAAUCUCUCAACACAAGUGAGAGAGAAUAUCAUUCUGCCUUACAGAUCACCUUCAGAUCGCCUCCAAGAUCGGGUCACGUGCACCUACGAGGUGCCCCCGAGUUCCGAACUACAAUCGAUCGAUCCUGCGCAUGUUCAACAAAUACAGAGCUCUGCAGCGCUUACUGUGCACUUAACACUUUCACAAGCAGAAUCUGGGCUUGCCACCUAUGGGGAAGUGAGCGACUGCAGCAAAGAGUGCGUGUAUGAUGAUACAGAUGAGUCUUAUCGAAAGAAAAGGCCAGCAAGCGAGGAAUGUUCAGAUAUUAAGGAAAGAGCCCAAGAAAACACAGAGUUGGUGAGUGGUGAGAAAGGAAUACAGCAUUCACCUUUGUGCGAUAAAAAAGAAGAAGAAAGGCAUCAUGCCUACGCUGUUGUUCAUAAAGAAAGAAAAGAGAGGGGCAAUGCUGAAGUAAGCACUCUCAUAAAAUCAUCAUGCCGCCCUCAAGAAGGAACAAGUAGGGUAUCUGUGGAGAGCGAGACACCUCAGGCUGGAGGGAGCAUUGAAUAUCUGUAUGCAGCUGUUGACAAAACAAAAAAGAAGAAGAAACAGCCACAGAAGCCUCCUCCAUACCGUGGUCAUGUGUACGCAAAUCUGGUCCAUUCACGAGAAAGUGGCGCAAAGCUUGUCAAAGAACAGUCCCAAACAGUGAACGCCCAAUUCGAUCACGCCCAGACAGCAAGUGUGAUGAUAUCACAGCAGAAUCUAGAGGAAAAAAAGAAAGGCAAACAUUACUGAACUCUGUUCGUUUCCAAUCCUAAAAAUAAUUUCAUGAAGAACAUAAAAAUUAACUCAAACCAUAAAGAAAAAUGAUUAAAUUGUAGUGGAAACAGUAAACAGUAAUCACUUGUUCUGUCC